AUGCCUGCUUCGGUGUUCCUCCUUGGUCCCGGCUUUGUAGGCGGAGAAAUCAUUGACUUUCUUCUCAUAUCGAACUACAACGUAACAACACUUGUCCGUCACGAAUCAGCCGUGGCAGAUUACGCCAAUUUAGGCGUCAAAACCGUCGUGGGCAAUCUGGACGACACAUCAGUGAUCAAGGAUCAGGUCGCAGUUAAUGACAUUGUCUUCUACAUCGCGACUGCAGAUCACUUGUCAUCUGUCCAAGCAAUAAUCGAUGGCAUCAGACAACGAGCGGCGCAAGGGCUGCAAACAAUAUACAUCCACAACAGUGGAGCAACUUUGCUUUCCGAUAACGCCCAAGGAGAGUAUAGAAGUGAUAUCGUCUUUGACGAUGAGCAACCCGACGAAAUCCACGCCCUCCCCGAUUCUGCACCGCAUCGCCUAAUCAAUCUAGUCAUCGUCGGAGCAGCCCAAGAAUUAGCCUCCUACGCCAAAAUAGCCAUCAUGAUUCCGCCCCUUAUCUACGGCAUGACUAGUAGGGAACACCGCCUGUCGAUUCAAUUGCCGACGCUCAUCCGGUAUUCUAUCAAACAUGGCUAUGCGGGUCAGAUCGGGAAAGGUCUCGCAGUUUGGAGCCAGAUUCAUGUCAGAGACCUUGCCAGAGGAUAUAUGAUUCUUCUUCAUUGGAUAGAGAGUGCACCCAUUGCUGAGAUUGCGCUGAAUCCGUACUUCUUUUGUGAGAACGGUCAAGAGUUGUCUUGGGGUGAAUGCGCCGCUGCGAUUGGCCAUACACUCAGGAAGACAGGGUGCAUUACUAAAUCUACGCCAAAGCCCAUUCCGAAGGAAAACUGGGAUGAUUUGUUCGGGGAAUAUUCUGGGAUGGUACUGGGAUCAAAUGCACGAAUUAGGGCGAAUCGACUUCGGAAAUUGGGCUGGACACCCUUGGAGACGGACACCUUUGCCUCCUUGGCUGAAGAUGAGAUUCCAAUUAUCGCGAAGGAGACCGGGGAGUUCACAGGGUAUGCGAGCGUUGUUGUGUCGUAA